CAUGCUGCCCUGGAGGAGAAGCAAGUUUGUGCUGGUCAAGAAGGACAAGAAGAAGAAGGGGGUCAGUUACUCUUCCCUGCUGUCCUCCUUCCUCCAUUCCUGCCCCGACCUCCUGCCCCCCUUGCCACUGGAGCGCCUGGGCAACGUAUUCAGCAGCAAAAGGCAGAAGGUAGUGCUGAACCAGGAGGACCCUUCUUACACCGUGUGGUACCUGGGAAAUGCCAUUACUCUCCAUGCCAAGGGAGAUGGCUGCACGGUGGAAGCUGUCAACAAGAUCUGGCAGAAGAGCGAGUCUGGGGGCUGUAGCACCAAGAUGAAACUCUCUUUGGGGUCCUAUGGCAUUAGGAUGACCCCCUCCAAAAGGGACUCCAGGAAGACGGUCCAUGGCUACCUCCUGCACCGUAUCACCUACUGCGUGGCUGACACCGGUCACCCCGAGGUCUUCUCUUGGGUCUACAGGCACCAGAUUAAGAACAAGGCAGUGGUGCUGAGAUGUCACGCUGUUUUGGUCUCCAAGGCUAAGAAGGCAAAAGCCAUGGAGCGCACCCUGUGCCAGACCACCACGGUCGCCUUCAAUGAGUUCAAGAGGUUAAAGAGGCAAAGUGACUUUAGGAGAGAGCAGAAGGAGCUUUUAGGGGAGUCUGCUGUCCCCGAGAUCCCGCUGAGGAAGAUCCUGAAUGGCACCUGCUCUUACAACCCACCUGCAGAGAGGAGCAAGACAGUGCUCAGGCUUAGCUCUAUCUUGGAGGAAGAGGAGGAGAGUGGGGAGGAAGACUGGCAGGAUCCUCAGAGGUUAAUGCCCCAUACCCUGCAGCAUCCACACUGUGACAGGGACACCAUUCUGGAACUUGCCCAGAACCUCAGGAGACUGAGCAUCCAAAGAGCCUUGGCCCAAAAACUGCUUUACACCCCAGGCACGCAGAUGUCAGACUGGAAGCGCCCCAUGAGGACUAUCUGCUGAGCCUCACCCGUCCAUGCCUGGGCAACCUUUGGGUCCCUCAGUCUUACCCAGACCCUCUGAUGGUGGGCACAUACUGGGUUUGGUUUGGCCAAUGACCUCUGCUAUGUUUGGAUCAGGGCCAAUACUUUUUUGGCUGGUAACUACGAGUUCCUGGCCAUGGACACAACUUUCGUCUUCCCCUGACUCCCCUAUUACCAGCCGCUGUCCUGUUCUCCUUUCCUCAGGUUGUCCCCAUCUAAUGUGUGACCAUAAGUCAAUGCCUCGCAGUCCCAAGAGGUUCAGUGUCAGCUGAGGCUCUCCAGUAGCAUCAUUGCCUUGAUUGUAUUGACAGUAGGGGGCAGUGAGUGAUUUCCAGGAAGUGUUAUCUUAAGCUCACAGUGGAAAAUCUCCGAUGAUUAUGAUGUGUGCCAAUAAACCCUGCAGUCCCUGCA